UCACAUCUCCAGCAAGAAGAAGUAAAGUGCGCGCCCCCGUGGCUGCACGGCGGUCAUUUAGUAGCUAUUCGAACACUCAAAAAAAAAAAAAAUCACCCGGGUAAUGAAUAAAAAGACGUCUUGUCGGGGACUACUGCACCAAGAACGUGUCAAGACGUUUUGGAAAACAUGGCGGUGUCUUUUUUUCAGGAAGACUUGGACGCUUAAAAGUGGGUUCCGGUGGUGAAAUGUUUUUUUUUUUUUUUCUGUCAGGAAGUUGAAUGUAGUCGCUUGAAAAUGAUUUUGUUGUUUGUUUUGUUUGGGAGACCGCAUCGUGUACGUACAUGAUCACUUUGCUGCCGUUAAAAAAGGAGCUGGUCGUGCUAAUUUAGUCCGUUUGGCUGCCAAAUGAACUCGAGGCAAAGUUCUAUGAAGUCUGACGAGGUUUAUGCUGCUGCGCCAUAAGUAAGCGUUUUUGUUUGUUUGUUUUAGUACUUAACGUUCCGUUUAGUUUUAGUACACACGCCAUAUUCCCACAUACUUCUUGGCACAAUUGUUGGACGUAGCAGGAAGAGAGGCCAACUCUCCUGAAUUAUGGAUACACAUAAAUCCAAGGAGUGAAUGGGACACCUUCCUCAUCCAGAUGUUUGUCCAGAACAUAUUUAACAAGUUCUCCAAAAAUGCGACGUUUAAGAACACCUCUUAAGGAAUAUUUCCGGUCUAAACCCCCUACGUGACCCUGUUUGUUUUUACCUGGGAACUGUCAUCGAGCGUGGAGACGCCCACCUGUGUACACCAUGGCCCUUCAUGGCGCUGCCCUCUGAGGAUGAUGAUGAUGAAGAGUCUGAUGGGAGGACACACGUGACACAGUUGGCCUGGCAGCACUUCUGGAGAUUGGUUUGAGGACCACUCGGGCACUCACGCAAGCACCCACAAUGAAUGAACGCCAGGCUCUUCACUCCAUCAUGAAGGACCUCGUUGCCCUGCAGAUGACGCGGCGCCAGCCAGUCCUGCCGUACGACGGCGGCAAACUGAAGACGGCAACUCAAGCUAACAGACAGGAGGACGUCAGGAUGAAGUUUGAGUUCUCGGGCGAGAGGAGGAUCCUGAUGUUUGGACGACCUGUGCAGUUUGAGGACGUCCAGCGCAAAGUCAAGGCUGUGUUUGGCCAGCAGCUGGACCUUUAUUACAUGAGCAACGAGUUGUCCAUCCCUCUGAGAGGUCAGGACGACCUCGACAAGGCCAUCGACCUGCUGGACAGAAGCUCCAACAUGAAGAGCAUCAGGAUCCUGCUGUUCGCUCAGGAGCACAACAAGGCCCCGUCCCCGUCCCCCCAUGUGCCGUGCAAGCAGGUGAGGAUCAACGCCUCCCAGUCCACUGGAGACGUCAGUACAGUGUACCAGUCCUCUGAGCCUAGGGGGCGCCAUCUUUCAACAGGUUCUCAGAACACGGGGAGAAGCUCGCCGCCUCCCGGCUACGUGCCAGAACACCAGCAGAGGAUCGCGCGCCAAGGUUCAUACACCAGCAUCAACAGCGAGGGGGAGUUCAUCCCGGAGACCAGCGAACAGUGUGUGCUGGAUCCUUGGAGUAGUGCAGAGAAUUCAGUGUCUGGAAGCUGUCAGUCUCUGGACAGCAACUCGGACAGCCCCGCCCUGAGGAAGUCUCGCAUGCACAGAGCCAAGAGUUACCCUGACAAUCGACAAGAGUUCUCAGACAGAGAGAACCACAUCUAUGACCGCUUAGUGGGCAAGGGAGGCACGUACCCUCGCCGCUACCACGUCUCGCUGCAUCACAAGGACCACAGUGAGGGCCGGAGGACGUUUCCCAGGAUCCGUCGCCCCCAGGGGAAUCUUUUCACUCUGGUUCCUUCACGACGCUCGCUGAAUGGCAGCGAGGAGAGCGUGGGCAGCUGGCAGCUGGUGGACAUGCAGGGAAGACUCCGCCCACAGGAGCGCUCUGUCACGCAUAAAUCGCCCAGCGCUCCGGUGACAUGGCGGCGGGGGAAGCUUCUCGGCCAGGGUGCUUUCGGGCAGGUGUACCUGUGCUACGACGUGGACACUGGGAGGGAGCUGGCCGCCAAACAAGUCCAGUUUGAUCCCGACAGUCCUGAGACCAGCAAGGAGGUGAGCGCCUUGGAGUGUGAGAUCCAGCUGCUGAAGAAUCUUCAUCACGAGCGCAUCGUGCAGUACUACGGCUGCCUGAGGGACCACAACGAGAGGACCCUCACCAUCUUUAUGGAGUACAUGCCGGGGGGCUCAGUGAAAGACCAGCUGAAGGCUUACGGUGCGCUGACAGAAAACGUGACCCGGAAGUACACCAGGCAGAUCCUGGAGGGAAUGUCCUACCUGCACAGCAACAUGAUUGUGCACAGGGACAUUAAGGGCGCCAACAUCCUGCGGGAUUCGGAGGGCAAUGUCAAGCUGGGAGACUUCGGGGCUAGCAAGCGUCUGCAGACCAUCUGCAUGUCUGGCACCGGCAUCCGUUCUGUGACCGGCACCCCCUACUGGAUGAGCCCGGAAGUGAUCAGCGGAGAAGGCUACGGUAGAAAGGCUGAUGUCUGGAGUCUGGGCUGCACCGUGGUGGAGAUGCUGACCGAGAAGCCCCCCUGGGCCGAAUACGAAGCCAUGGCGGCCAUCUUUAAGAUCGCCACGCAGCCCACCAACCCGCUGCUGCCCUUGCAUGCCUCCGACCAAGCGCAGGACUUUAUCCGCCGCAUCUUUGUGGAGGCCAAGCAGCGGCCCAGCGCCGAGGAGCUGCUGCGCCAUCCCUUCUCCCAAACUGUGUGCUGAAGGCUGCCUAGCCUCUGAACUUUGACCCCCACCCCCUUAAUGUAGCAUGACUUCCACGCCAUGGAAGUUCUCCUUUGCUCAAAUCCAAAUAGCUGGAUGUUUUUAAGCUUUGCUGGACAGCUGCAAUGUGCCGGUGCGCCACUUGUGUCUUUGUGGGUCUAGCAAACAUGCAGUGGUGCUCCUCAGUGAUCAGGGUUGCGUUCCUCUUUGCGAUCGCCACAUAGUGUUUGAGAUAAGCGGUGACAAGUACAGUCAUGCUUCCUUCUUUUUAAACAAGCACUACCUACCUUCUUGUUCUGAUUAGGAAGCAAAUGCAGCUUGUGAGAAGGUGUAACUUGUUAACGAGGAGUUUAGAAAGUGUGUGUUGUGUUGAUUGGUCCAUUAGUGGAUCGUUGGCUUCGGGAAAGUGUAACGCUGAAAGUGUCCAGUAGGUUGUAGCCAUGAGUCAUUGGUUCAGGCAGCAAAUGCUAGUCAGGUGGAAAAUGAUGUAUACUCUCACCACUAGAGGCCACAAUUCCUGUUCGUGCAAGAAAUACGCGUCCUGCCCAUCACAACAGGAUUAUUUCUUACUUUUAUUUCCAAAUUCACUCUCAUCUGUGGUCUUACUCUAAGCCAGGGGUGUCCAAAGUGCAGCCAGAGGGCCAUCUGCGGCCCGCAGCUUCUUUUUUUUUUUUUUUUUUUUUUUUUUUGAAGAUUCAGUUCAUCAAGAAAACAGCAGCAAAGAAUGGAAAAAACAAUGAGCACAGAAGUAAAUGUAACGUGAAAACGUAGUCUUUUUGACACUGUGGAUCCCCACUGUUUGGUUCCGGACCCACCCACGAUUGGCGAAAAUCAAUAAAAGUGUCUCUUUUGACACACUGCUCACAUCCCCGCCCUUCCAAAACUUCCUGCCAUUGUUCACUCAUGACACAAUCCAGGUUUAAGCCCUAAUAAUUCCUAAAAAAAUUCAAGUAUUAAACACAUUUUAAAGUAUAAACCGCCACUGAAUGGCACUGUAAGAUGAUUGAUGAACAAAUGGAUUUAUCAAGCCGUGGCAGCGUUAAAAAGCAUUUGAGAGUUAUUUAUCAAGUUUCACUUUUGUUUAGCAGCAACUGUGGUACGUUCAGAGACCAACGGACAAAGUGCAAAAGCUCAACGCUUGGAAAAAAACAUCAUCAGUGAAGCAUACAGACAUAAACAUGUACAAAAAAAUGGGCAAAAAACAGACCAUAAAAAUUGUUUUUUGUUCCAAAAAAUAUAUAUGUUUGUGUGUGUGUGUGUAUUUUUUGGACAAAAAAUCCGCAAUUAUGCGGGGUCGCAAAUGUAAUGUGCGGGGAUCCACUUUAAUAAUAAUAAUAAUAAUAUUAAUAAUAAUUGGCUCUGUCACCUGUAGCAAAGCUGACAUGCAAUCUGCUCUGGUUUUUAGCCUAGAAACAAAAUUAAAAAUAUUAAAUUGGCCCCCACAUGCUUUGAAUUUUUGUUGGUAAUAGGUAGGAAAAAGUUUGGACACCCCUGCUCUAAGCCCACGCAUUUUUUUGUUUUGUGUUACAGCAAAAGAAGCUUUUUAUUUGUCAACGUCCACCUAAAAGCCUUAAGAGCAAACGUCUCACUGAGAAGCUUUAACGAUCAAUUUAGAAUCAGAUGCACUUUCAAAUUACUUUUUUUUUAACUUCAAAUGUGAAAACGUACUUUUAUUUAUGCCCCCUGGUGCCAGUUCACUUGGUUGACAUAAGCAAAUGUAUAUGUGUGGAUAUAUAUUUUUUUAUAUUCUGAUCUUUAUACUGUCUUUGGGGCCAAGAGGGGCAAAUAAGUUGAAGCAGCUGGUGUUGCAAAAUUACUUUUUUCUCUCCUUUUUUUUUUUGUAAUUUGUGGAAAACAAACUCUGGCUGGCCGGGGCAAAGAAAUGUUUUAAUAAUUCUACAUUUAGACGACAGUUUUAUUCAUUGUUGACAAGUCUGUGUUGUCCUGUGAAGGAAAGUGGCGAGGAAAAAAAAGACCUUUUUAAUCUGAUUUCCUUCUGUGCUUUUCAGAUAUAAUUAUAACGAGCAUGCAGGAGUUUGCUGUUUGACGACUUUGUUCGCCCCCGGGGUUCACAGGACCUUCUGCGGCCACAACAUUAGGUACCCCUGUACUAUUUAAUCAUUUAAAAAAUAUGAAAAAUGGUGCCUUGCAAUGAUGACAAUGCUUAGUUUUGAUUGACCUUAUGAUCAUCAUUAUAGUGUACAAGUGUACUGUAUCGUACUGACAGCUGUUUAGAAUAUUUUAGCUACCUAUGUGAAAGGGGCCAAAUAUUGGGAAAUGAAAAUGAUUUGCUCCAGGUGUACGUAAUGUUGUGGUGAGUCAGGCUACAUGCUAAAGUACAAACCUCAAAAAAAACAAACCUCCGGGGAGAAAAAAGGAAGUAGUUUUAUAGGGUUCUAUAUGCUCAUGUAUGUUAAAGAUUAUGUAUCACGACGGGACUUGCAGUGCAAAGUCAAAUGUAUUUUACAGAAAGAAGAGUUUAAUAUGUACACACACAAACAGUGCCUUUGCAGUAGAAUAAGCCAAUAAAUAGU